UCUCUCUCUCUCUCUCUCUCUCUCUCUCUCUCUCUCUCUUAGUAGUAGAGUCUCGUAUUGAUGAAUGAGGAUCAUCAAGCUAUUUCUUCUCCUUCCUGUCCGACUCAUCCCCCCUGUCUUUCUGCUCUCAAGGCAGAACGAGCGUCUCGGGUACGUACCUUUUCCCCCCUCCCCCUCCUCAAACACACACACACACACACACACCACAAACAAACACGUCUGCACUCAGAGACAUUCUUGCACAUUGCCCCCGAUCCACCACGUACGGUUGCACUCAACCAAGUCAACACAUCCAAACCCAAACACAGCGUUCCGUCUGGACCACUGCUAAGCAGCAAGAGCACGGACAAGCGUCCCGUCUCGCGUCCCAUCGCAUGCGCGCUCUCGCCACCUGGGACCACCAAUCGACCGACAUGGUCUCAUCCGGGGGUACCACCAUCUGCCCAUGUUUAUGCCACCCUAAAACCACUCGAGCCUCGAAAAAGAACCCUGCUCCUACGCCAGACGAGGAGCCAAGUCCCGAAAUCGCGCCGCCGAGGACAAGCAGACCUUCAGACCGCAACAGCAGGGCCCGGCCACUUUUUCCAUGCUGAGUGUAGGACCCCGAUGGCCAUGUCUUUUUGUGGAGUUUUCUACUUUAUAGUUGGCGAGACGGGCACAUCGAAUUCUCCAUUUCCCCUUUUGACUUGGCAUUUUGACUUGGCGUCUCCCCUUGUAUCAACCGUCUCCGUCCCCUCCCUCAGUUAUGGUCACUCGUGCCACCACCCAUCUCUUGUCCCCGCUAAUCACGCAGUGCAGAGUGUGCGCUGUACGUGUACUGUUCUAUAGGCCACCAAGCUAUUUUUAUUGAGCUCUGUAGGUUGAGGGUCUAUUCCACUUUGGCAACGACAACUUGGCGUGCAGACGGGCUACCUUGACUAGUUACUAGUGCUGCACCGGAUGGAAACCGGAAAGAUAAAGUGCCCGUCAGCGACAUGCACGCCAAACCAAUGACGUUUGGUCAUUUGAACUGGGAUGAGCUCCAGACGGCACGUAGGAUCUCGGCAAUAAGAGAUUGGCGAACUCGCCUGGUUUCUCAGCCGCUGGAGUUAAGGAC